CUCGGAAGGUGGGCAGUUGGGGAGCUUUGAUGAAGGCUGAGAAAAGCGACGGCCAUGGGAGGGGUCCGUCCUUCACGAACUCCUCGUGCUCCACGGUCAUCUCCUUUGCUCCGCUCCGCUUCUAGGGUUAGGGUUAAAGGGUUACGGUUUCGCCGGAGGGGCGGGGAGGAUGGGGAGGGACGGGGCACUGCAGUCGUGCCUGGUGGCGCUGGCGGUGGUGGUGAUCGUGGUCGGGGUCUGGACCUUCUCCUUCCAGAAGAUGAUGGCCACCUACUUCUUGGGCCUCCUGGGGAUCGCUGGGAUCCUCCUGCCCGACUGGGAGUUCUUCGAUCGGGACUUCUCGCAGUGGUUCACUCCGUUGCCGGCCCGGAGAGGGGCUGCCUCCAAUCUGGACCCGGAUGCUAUCAGAUUUAAAUUUUCUCCCCUCAGGGUUGCUGCGAUCGCUAUAAUUUAUGGCUUUGGCCUGUACAAGUGGUGGAUGUUUGUAAUCAGCUAGUUGUCUGAGCUUCUUCAUGGCGUCUCUUUCAUGCUUCUUAACACUAAAAGUUUCUCUGUUGCAACUUUCAGAAUUCUAUGGGUUGUAUCUAUUUUACACAAACUCUAUCAGAGAAACUGUAAAUCUCUGGAUCAUAUCAUGGUGAUUAUUGCCUUUUAUUCUUCUAUUUA